AUGGCGGACACAGGCGGCCAGCAGACAGCCGUGGUGCUGUCGACCUCCAUCGUCGCCCUCAUGACCGGCUUCCUCCUCGGCGUCUACUCGAUCCGCGGCUACCUCAUCUCCCCCGAACUGCGUUCCGAAGCCCGCGCCAACUUCGACGACCCUGUCGAGAGCGAGGAGUCCGACAUCGACGAGGACGACACCGUUCUCGACCACGCGCCCAACUGGGCCAAUGGCCUAGAUGCCGACCGCCGUGACGGCCUGCGCCAGCGCAAGGGCAAUACUUCCGAGAAGCCCGCCUCUUCCAAGAAGCCCAACCCGGCUGGCACACCGCUGGUGGAUAAUAAUGAGGAGUGCAAGCUCGUCCUCGUCGUCCGGACGGACCUGGGCAUGACCAAGGGCAAGAUGGCAGCGCAAGCCUCGCACGCGACUCUGGCAUGCUACAAGUCCCUGUCCAAGAUCGCAGCGAAAGACCCCUCAUCCCCCGCCGCCAAGAUCCUUUCUCGCUGGGAGAAUCUCGGCCAGGCCAAGAUUGCCGUUCAGAUCAAGAACCAGGACGAGAUGCUCGAGCUCAUGGGCAAGGCGCGCAGUCUUGGUGUCACUUCCGAGGUGAUUGCCGAUGCCGGCCGGACGCAGAUCGAGGCCGGCAGUCUGACUGUUCUGGGCGUUGGCCCUGCGCCCAGAAGCUUGGUUGACCAGAUUACGGGACACUUGAAGCUGCUGUAA